AGAGGCAUCACUUACCACAACAUUGUUACCUAUAUAUUCCAUAGCUAUCUGAAUAUUGCAUCCUCCUAUAUUCCUACGCAUAACAUUUCCUGUGCAAGUGCUCUUAGCAUGUCAAGUUGCUUUCCUCCUUUACAUCGUAGAUAGUUUAGUUUCCCUGUAGCCGCCCACCAUUUUAUUUACAAGUAAGUUAAUUAGCAACCAGAUGUGUACUAUCAACUUUCUUGCAUAUGUUCCUUCUUUAGCGAUUAAACGUUGUGUCAAUCAUUGGUUGAUCAUCAAGUACAGGCCUAUUUAGCUAUGAGUCAUUUUCCUCUUUUUGCAAGAAAAGAAAGAACAGAUGCCUGCCUAGCGAACCGAUGAUGAGUUGCUUUGAUUCUCUUGCUUUACUACAACCAUUUGCCACCAGUUACGCAUGCACUCUUCAUUGCUUAUCAUCAUCCUAAUUAUGAUUUUUCUGUUCUUUUGCGAAAGAAAUACAUUUUACACUCCAUGACAUGAUAAUUAACUACCUCAAAAACAUCUUCGAGUGUAAUUCUCUUUUGAUUUCAUUUACAAGAGCAUUUUACACUCAAGUUGCUUUCCACCUUCUGCUGUCCAUUUCUCCUGUAAGCUUCCACCAUCUUCACAACUGAUGUCUGCAUCCCUAAUUGUAGUAGUAUCAUUUAGCGCGUGCGUGCAUGUGUUUGUGUUCCAUGCAUCUUUAGGGGUUCAACUUGAAGGAAAAAUCCACAUAGUUGUGUCGGUCACUGGUUUGAUCUUCGGCAAGCGAGUGCCGCCAUGAUGUCACUGUCAGUCCAUUUCCUUCUUUUUUGCAAGAAAAGAAAGAAUAGAUGCGCGUUCAACUAAUAAGUUGCUUUGAUUCCAUCGUUGAAUUAUUACUACGACCACUAACCGAUCCGUCUUCGUCACCUAUCAUGCUCCUAAAUUAGGCUCCGCUUGCUACUGCAUUAGCUUUUUCCAGAAAGCAAAUAUGAAGUACGUUCUUGUACAUUCUGCUUGAUAUAAUACUAGUAUCUAUACUUCAACAAACAUCUUUUGUACAGAACUAUCAGUAGCAAAAACAUUACUGUAACUGUGUAACGCUAGUAAUGCUACACUUUUACGGAUUGGAAGUUACGGACUGACGUGGCAUCAUCUGAUUGAAAAGCACGGGGCCCACCCAGUUCGGGGUGGUGAGUGGGGAGAGGACACAUGUUUCCUGUAGGCAAUAUGACAAUCACCAAGCUGAUUGUCAGUCUAUUUUGAGGAGUACAUCACUGUACUGGUGCUAUAUAGCGGAGGAUUUCGCCGAGCUUAUUUGGACAUGCUUCGAUCCUCGGCAAUCCUAGAGUUGGAGCAUCUAUCACCAUGUCCAACUGCAUGGACGUCUCGGCCACGCCGUCCCCGGAGCCGCCCCCGCCGACAGCGGCGCUGGACUACGACGUCGUGGUGAUCCUGGCGGCGAUGUUGUGUGCUCUGGUGUGCGCGCUGGGGCUCAACUCCGUGCUCCAGCAGUGCGUGGCGCGGUGCACCCGCCGCGCCGUGGCCGACCCCGUCGGAUGGGUGGCGCACCGCCGCGCCAACGGCGGGCUCAAGCGCGAGGCCCUCGUCGCACUGCCCGUCGCCACCUACGCCGGCGAGAAGCAGCACGCGUCGGCCGGUGCCGGGUGCGCCAUCUGCCUGUCGGACUUCAAGGACGGGGAGACCAUCCGCGUGCUCCCAGUGUGCGGCCACCGGUUCCACGUGCCCUGCGUCGACAGGUGGCUCACCUCGCGCUGCUCGUGCCCGACGUGCCGGCGCCGCCUCUCGGCCGACCGCGCCGGCGCCGGAGAAGGGCACCGCCGAGACCUGCAAGUUCUGAACGCCGUGUGAUAUGAUCGAUUGGUUCGCCUCUUUUUGCUUCGCUUCAGAGUUCAGAUCAUUGUUCCGGCGUACUACUUUGUAUGUCAGGUUCCGGCCAUAGCGUGUUUGAUGGUUUACUUUGCCAGCCAUCCUGAGAGCUUUUUCAUUUUAUACAAUAAACUGUUGACGUAUAAAUGUAUUGCCUAGUCUCUUCCGUCAGAUCGGUCUUUUGGUUGCAUUGGCUAGAGCAUGGACUUCUACAUAAAUGAUCAUUAUGAGUUUUAACAUUACUGUGUAUUCUUUGACAACUCAUCAAUUUUAAUUCCACAUUUGCUAUU